AUGGUGGUGCUCUGGGGCUUCCUGUUGCGCCCUGGCCUCCUGCCGCAGAGCCAGGGGACCCCUGGGAACCUCAUGGAGCCCACACUCACUGUCGCCCUGAACAGGCCCCUGAGGCUGAGGGCUGCAGCGGACUUUGGGGGAUUCCUCCGGCCGAGUCCAGCCAGGAGGGUUCCCCGGACUCGGCGCGAACUGCCCGCCCCCUCCGGCGUCUCCGCCCCCCGCCGGGGCCGCCGGGCGCCGAGGGAGGCGAGGGUGCAGCGGCUGGAAAAUGAGGGGUGCAGGGAGGGUGGCCUGGAGCUGCAGCGCACUUCGCGCUGCUGUUCCCGGGAGCGGCGGGAGGCGGCGGCUGCGGUGAGCGGGGUCGCGCGCGGACGCCGGAUGCCUCUGAAGAUGGAGAAGUUUCUGCAAAUUGCGCCUCACUCUCUGGCCAUCGUCCUGGGCCCCGCCGAGGGGCCGGCGGGGGAGAGGUCCGAGGCCGCCCGGCCCGCGUCCCCGGCCCAGCCCCGGCAGCUCGCCCGGCACCACAUCGGCUACGAGAUAUUCGCCGACUUCAAAGCCGAGAACAUGCAGCACUUCUGGAACAAGAAGGUCACGGCCGCGGUGGCCGAGACGUUCUUCCUGGGCUGGAUCGACGAGCAGGUCCUGCUAAUCCAGGGCAAGGAGGAGCAUCUGGAGGCGCUGCGCGAGGGCUGGUCGCGCCGGGCGCUGCGGCCGCCCUCGGGCUUCCACAUCCGCUGCCUGGGUGAGUCCGGCCGCCGCCCGCCCUGUCCCGUCUUGUCGCGCCGCGGGAACCCCCCCAUCCCCCCCAUUCCCCCCCGCUGCCCCGCCCGAGCCGGCGCGCUGGCCCCGCUCCCCCCGGGCGCCCGCGCCUCUCUCCACCCCCGCGCCGCGCCCGGGGAGGGGCCGGCAGCCUGGGCGAGUGCUGGAGUGGGGAGCUUCCUGGCACCUAAACCGCGGAUCUGUACCUUGGCGAGCACGCCGCCUCUGGCCAGCUGGCGGGAGCCUCCCCGGCUGCCCCGGUGA